UUCCGGCAGCAUUCUGCAAUACCAUUCACUAUCAGAGUUUUUUCGCAGACACCUGCAUCAGACACCUCACGCAGUUGUUCACCUUCAACGUCGUAUCGAACUGCUCAGACAAUCAUGAAAAUCCGCGGCAGGGCUCGAAUCUCGAGUCUUGCCCUCGGUAAGAGUGGAAUUCUCGCCCAGAAAACAGCAAACACCGGAUGUGUUGUGAAAACCAACUACGGACUGAUUCAAGGCAAACGCUACGAGACCAAGAACGGUUGUAAAGCCGACUGCUUCCUUGGUGUGCCUUAUGCGAAGCCGCCUGUCGGAGAACUGCGUUUCAAAAAACCGCAACGUAUGGAGCCAUGGGAAGGAGUGAAGAGAUGUCGUCAAUUCGGGAAUCGCUCCAUUCAGGAAGACAUGCUCUGGGACAAGUUCACCAUUUUCACCCCACAAAGCGAAGAUUGCCUCUAUCUAAACAUCUUCGCCCCUGCGAUUGAUCCAACAAAGAGCUACCCGGUGAUGUUCUACAUCCAUGGAGGUGGCUUCAUGAUGGAUUCCGCUGUGCGAUACAAGCCUGAGAAUAUGGCACGAUUGAUCGUAAGCCAAGAAGUUAUCAUCGUCACCAUUCAGUACCGGCUUGGUUACCUGGGCUAUUUUUGCACGGGGGACGGUGUCGCCAAAGGCAACUACGGUCUUUGGGAUCAGCUUGAGGUGAAUACUCCCCAAAUGCUUCUCUGA